UUUAGCGUCGUGCAUGUCUGUAUUGCAUUUAGAAAGUACGAUAUUCGAAUAUAUUCUUAUAAAAAUGGUUCUUUACAGUAUCGAUAAAACUUUUGGCUUGAAAGAGAAAAAUGUUUUUAAGAAAAAUAAUCUUGAGAAGAAACAUUCGAAAGUGAGAUGGUUUUUUGUUAAGUUCAAAGAGUUUUGCAAAAGAACUGAUUUGCACGGAUAUAAAUAUAUUGUGAUGGAGGACCUAACUCUUGUUGAAAGGAGCUGUUGGGCUGUAGCAGUUUUGAUGAGCACAGCAAUUGCAAUUUAUUUUGUAGUAACAGCUUACAGAUGGUAUGCCAGGAAUCCAAUAGUCACUGUUAUAGAAAGCACGCAGGGAGCAAUAUGGGACAUGCCGUUUCCUGCAGUGACAAUUUGCGAUUUGAAUAUAAUUUCACGUAAAGCAGCACGACGUUUUGCAAACAAUUUAACUUUGCCAGCUAAUGUGAGUGCUGACUUUGUGUUCAAUACUGUUCGAGUAGCGCCUAUGCUGCAUUCCACAUACAUCAUUGGCAGUGAACAGAAGGAAGACUUACGAAAACUACAAUCGAUAUUAGAUCUAAAUAAUGUGUCAAUAACUAUGUUAUUUCGAGAGUUGUCGCCAGCAAAGUCAUGCAGUCGUUUAGUUCAAAGAUGUAUGUGGAAGAAUACUAUUUAUCGUUGUAAUGAGCUGUUCCAAAAUGUUUUUACUACCAUGAGCCUUUGUUGUGCUUUCAACUACUUUGCCAUUAUGGAAAAUGGUAACUUAAGCUCAAAAAGCCGUAACCCGAGCAACCCUCGUCGCGUGGCGUCCUGUGGUUACCAGACGGCUCUCACUGUAAUUUUAAAUACCAACCCAGAUGACUAUUAUAGUGCUUUUGUGGCCUCACAAGGACUUUUGGUGUUUAUAGAUGACGCAUACAAUAUUCCCGACAUGGAUACUCCUGUACGGAUGGUGAAUCCGUCCACAGAAGUUCUCAUAGCCUUGUCACCGGAGAGCACCUAUGCCACGCCUGGCAUCAGGUCGUUCAGACCAGAGCAGAGGCAAUGCUAUUAUUAUGACGAGUUGCAGAUCGGCCUCUUUCGUCAAUACUCUUUCCAUAAUUGUAUGGCAUUUCUCAAAGUGGAAUUGUUCCGACGUACGUGCGAAUGCGUGCCAUACUAUUUUCCAAUGAAAGGUCAAUAUCGUGUCUGUAAUUUUAAUGACUUAGACUGUUUGGAAAGCGUUUUAAAUCCAACAGAACGAUAUCAGAAUGAAUCUCAAUAUGGACAAACGUUUCAAUGCUUACCUGAGUGUGAACAUUUUGAUUACCAUUUAGAAGUAGCUCUAGGAGAAUUAGCAAAUAAUAUACAACUCAAUGGACUGCCAUUUUAUAAAGACAUCAAUUUGGAGAAUCGGUCUCUCUUGAAUGUGUUCUUCAAUGACUUAGUCGCCACAAAGUAUCGACGUGACGUGUAUUUAAACUGGCAAAAUAUAUUAGCUGCAUUUGGGGGUCUUCUAAGUUUAAUGCUUGGAUUCACUCUUAUAUCAGGAUUCGAUCUCAUACUAUUUUUUACAUUUACAACUGUCUACAAGCAAUUCUUCAAGCGUGUUGAGUAUAAGAAAAAUGCUUUAUCAAAUUCUAAGAAACAUAAAAUAAAUCGAAUAAAUGUAAAAUACUAUCCAAAAAAGAAUACAUGGUUGGAAAAGUCAAGUGGAAUAUAUCAUAAAUGAAAUUUGUUAAUAAAAUUACGAGUAUAUCCGUAAUAUUCAAGUAAAUUAGAAUAAGUGUAAAGAUGUGUGUUUAUUAAAUGGUAAUUAGACUGUUAUUUAAAAAUAUAAAACUAUAUAAAUAAUACCUAAUAACGUUAAUAAAUAAAGAAAUAAA